AUGAACUUCGAACUUCCGAAUGAGUUAACUACUCAUCUGAAGUCAAUAGAUUCCUUUAUCCAGUCUACCAUCCUGCCAUUACAGCAUACUAACGAUAACAAUCGGUUCUUCGAUCAUCGCCGUGAACACGCUCGGACUGAUUGGGAUCAAAAUGGCAACCCACGCCCAGAGUGGGAAAGUUUACUGACCCAAGCUCGUAUCCUGGCUGAUGAGGCGGGCUUCUACCGAUUUGCACUCCCAAACCAAUAUGGGGGCAAGGAGCAUCCUAACACCAACCUGUGGAUGUCAGCCAUCCGCUUCCAUUUAUCAUCACAUCCAAUCUAUGGGGGUGGUUUAGGGCUAGCGAAUGAUUUACAAAACGAGCACAGCAUUGUUGGAAACUUCCCCGAUGUGCUUAUGCUUCAUCAUUUUGGCAGCGACGAACAACGGCAAACACUCAUCCCUGCUCGCCUGCGAGGGGAAUUUCGAACAACAUUUGGUCUGACCGAGCCCGAUCACGGAAGUGACGCAACUUUCAUGUCCACUGUCGCGAUUCGCAAACGGGGGAGGUGGCAGACGGGCGCGCAUCAUUGUACUCACUUUUUGGUCUUUGCGAGGACCUCGGGAUCUGCAGGGUCUGCGAAAGGAAUUACAGCCUUCCUCGUGCCUCGCGAUACCCCGGGAGUCAAAAUCGCCAGUUACGAAUGGACAUUGAACAUGCCAACGGACCACGCAACUGUCGAGUUUGAUCGUGUCUUAGUACCAGAGUCGGCCGUGCUAGGCGCUGUCGACCAAGGCCUGGCUAUUGCGCAGACUUUUGUUCAUGAGAAUCGUAUACGCCAAGCGGCCAGUUCCUGUGGUGCAGCCAAGUUCUGUCUCGAUCGAAGUAUUGAGCGUUCACGAUCGCGAAAGAUUUGGGCCGAGGGUAAGAUGUUGGCGGAUAACCAGGCAAUUCAAUUCCCUGUCGUGGAAUUGAUGACCCAAGUGGAGAUGUUGCGCCUACUCAUCCUGAAAACAAGUUGUGAUAUGGAUCGCAUUGUGGCCGCAUGUAAAGCAGGAGAAGUCUCUCAACCCCCGUGGGUUGCCAUUGAGCGCCAACUCAGCGACAAGGUGGCUAUGUGUAAUUUUUGGGCCAAUCGACUAUGCUGCCAGGCUGCCGACCGAGCGAUUCAGAUCCACGGCGGCGAUGGCUAUUCGCGUCACUACCCUUUCGAGCACAUCUAUCGCCAUUUCCGACGCUAUCGGAUCACUGAAGGGGCGGAGGAAAUUCAGAUGCGAAAAAUCGCCGCGUACAUUUUCGGAUUCGCUGGGCCACGAAAGAGGGAGAUGGAAGCGAAAGAGCGGUCGAAGGCAAAAAUUUGA